AUGUCAUCAGCUCUGAUAACCGAAGUGGACACACCACAGGCGGAAUUACUUCAAAUAUGCCGUCGCGUAGUUCGUUCAGAAAUGUCACCGGAUGCUGCAUUCGCGCUCAUAAAAAAUAUGAAGAAGACGAAUCCAUCCACAUCAAGUUUAUUGGAAGAUGUGCUGUGGUUAAUCGAUAUGGAGAUGGCUAUUGAGAAGAAAAAUGAUGACUCGACGAAGAAAUUCAACGAGCUGCUCUCUCUGAUCAGUAACGAAAUCGUACCAGAAGAUGUGUUGAAAUUUGAAUUGGACGCAUUGGGUGCAAAUGACACUACAUUCAAUUUAUUGCGCGAGGAGAGCGAAGGAUAUGCGAAAUUGAUAACUGAAUUAUUGGACAGCAACAAUGAGUGCGUGCCAUCUACUCUUAUAAGACUGCAUCGACUUAUUGGCCAAUUCAAUCUCGAUCCGAAUCGAGUGCUCGAUAUCAUUCUGGAAUGCUUCGAAUCAUCAACAAAUCGACGUCAAUUCUUUAUUUCACUCCUCAACGACUUCAAAACAAAUACUGAUGAUUUGUGUAGUAUACUCGGCUUCAAAUUUACUUUUUAUCAGCAAAAUGGUGAUACACCACCGUCGUUGUAUGAACUCGCAGCCAUAUUGUGUAGUGAGCGUGUUAUCGAUCUUAUUUCAUUGUGUUCUUUCGUGAGGAUAAAGCAAUUUUGCUGUGCUCGUCUUUAUUGCGGUGGGGUGCUCGUGGCAACGUUUCGUAUAAGUGCUGCUGCAUAG